AUGACCGUCCAGAAUACCGACGCCGCUCUCGGCGAGCAGCAGCCCUUGGGCGACCAACAAAAUGCUACGGCCGCCGAAAAGAAACCAAAGAAUGAGCAUAGAUGGAUCUGGUUCGUCACGGGUCCGACGGCAUGUGGAAAGACGACGAUCGCCAAGGCGUUGGCGGAGAAUUUGAAUCUCACUUAUGUCGAGGGUGAUGAUCCAACCUAUGACUUUGCUUGCACACUCACUGCACGAUGCCGUCUUUGCACAUUCCCCUACCCCGUCCUGCGCCGUCCCUACCACCCAAAAGCCAACGUCGAGAAAAUGUCCCGCGGUGAACCCCUGACGGACGCCGACAGAGCAGGCUGGCUCCAAGCCCUCGCCGAGCACGAAACCGCCAAACCACCCACCUCCUCGUCUCCCCAUCUCGUCAUCACUUGCUCUGCUUUAAAGCGGCACUACCGCGACAUCCUCCGUUUGGGGUCUGAACAUGCCGGCGAUUUGCGGAUUCGCUUCAUCUUUUUGCAGGCACCCGAGGAGGUGCUCACAGAAAGAGCACACAACAGAAAGGGACACUUUGCAAAGGAGAAUUUGGUGCAUAGCCAGUUUACGAUUUUGGAGAUGCCGCAUCCAACAAAGCCAAAGGAGGAAGGGGGCGAGCCGGAUGUGCUGGUUGUGGAUGUGGGGAAGGAGAAGGGGGUGGAGGAGGUGGUGAGGGAGGUGGUGGGGAGGGUGAGGGGGGUGAUGCACAUGGGGAGGGAUUAG